GUCCCUCCCGCCCCGCUCCCCGCCGCUGAUGUCACGCACCCGCUGAAGGCGCGGGCGAUCAUGGCUGCUGCGGCCGCGGCCGCGCCGCCCGCCCGCCGCUGAUGCCCGCGAUGGAGCCGGCCAGCCUGCUGCGGUUCCUGCGGAAGCUCAAGGAGGUUUUCGACGUGUGCGACGAGGAUGCGGACGGCUUCAUCCGCGUGGAGCACUUCGUCGCCCUGGGGCUGCAGUUCGGCCAAGGGGAUGAGGUGGAAAAACUGGCAAAAUACUUGGACCCAAAUGACUUGGGAAGAAUCAAUUUUAAGGACUUCUGUCACGGAGUUUUUGCUAUCAAAGGCUGUGAAGACUUACUGAAAGAUGUCCUGUCUCCUGAAAACUCUGAGCCUCAACACUAUGAGCCACAGUAUGUCGAUUACUAUUACCAGGGGGGUGAAAUCCAGGACUGCGCCUACUUGGACAGCGAAAGCGCCUUCAGCGAGUCGGAGCUGUUCCCUGAUGAGGACGGGAUGACUCUGGCCCAGCAGGAGGUUCACCAUGAGUCUGACAUGGACAGUGCCAUCGAGAGUGCCCAGAGCUCGGAGGCCUCUGAUGUCUGCCAGGACAAGGAUGGUGUCCUGGGGGGCCUCUUCCUGCCCGGGGACAAGUCAAGUCCUCACAACCCUUCUGCAGCAUCUGACCUCUCCACUUACUCUACCGCCUCUCUGAUCAGUAAUGAAGAACAGUUUGAAGAUUAUGGGGAAGGAGAUGAUGUGGAUUUUACUCCCAGUAGCCCCUGCCCUGAUGAUGAGACCAGAACCAACGCCUACUCUGACCUUGGCUCAUCUGUAUCUUCCAGCGCUGGCCAAACCCCCCGAAAAAUGAGGCAUGUUUAUAACAGCGAGUUGCUGGAUGUUUACUGCUCACAGUGCUGCAAAAAGAUAAAUCUCCUCAACGAUUUGGAAGCCAGGCUGAAAAACUUGAAAGCAAACAGCCCUAACAGGAAAAUAUCAAGCACAGCUUUUGGAAGACAACUCUUCCACAACAGUAACUUCAGCAGCAGUAAUGGCAGCACAGAAGACUUGUUCAGAGACAGUAUAGACUCCUUUGACAAUGAUAUCACUGAGAAGGUAACGUACCUAGAGAAGAAGGUGACAGAACUGGAGAAUGACAGCCUGACAAACGGUGACCUGAAGAGCAAACUGAAACAGGAGAACACACAGCUCGUGCACAGAGUUCACGAACUAGAGGAACUAUUGAAAGACCAAGAAACAUCAGCAGAACAGACCCUGGAAGACGAGAUAAAGAGACACAGAGAAGCUUACAGCAAGUAUGAAAAAGAGAAGGGCACUGAAAUUGAACUGCUGAAUACAAGGGUUCAGCAACUGGAAGAAGAAAAUGGUGACCUGAAAAGCACUGUCACACGGCUGAAAUCCCAGACAGAGAGAUUGGAUGAGGAGAGGCAGCGCAUGUCAGACAGGUUGGAAGACACGAGCCUGCGACUGAAGGAUGAGAUGGAUUUGUACAAGAGAAUGAUGGACAAGCUGCGGCAGAACAGGCUGGAAUUCAACAAGGAGAGGGAAGCCACACAGGAGCUCAUCGAAGACCUGCGGAAGGAACUGGAGCACCUGCAGCUGUACAAGCUGGAAUGUGAACGUCCUGGGCGUGGGAGAAGCUCCUCGUCCAGCGUGAGUGAGUUCAACGCCAAGACCAGGGAGGUGGAGAUGGAGCACGAGAUCAAGCGGCUGAAGCAGGAGAAUCAGAAACUUCGUGACCAAAACGAUGACCUGAAUGGACAGAUCCUAAGCCUCAGUCUUUAUGAAGCUAAAAAUCUCUUUGCAACGCAAACAAAAGCCCAGUCACUGGCUGCUGAAAUUGAUUCUGCAUCAAGAGAUGAGCUCAUGGAAGCCCUCAAAGAGCAGGAAGAGAUAAACUACAGAUUGCGACAAUAUAUGGACAAGAUCAUUCUGGCAAUCCUGGACCACAACCCGUCCAUCUUGGAAAUAAAGAAUUGAAGAGAACAGGAGAAGGAAGAGCAGCAACUGCCUGAUAUUUCUGCACAUGCCACUGGAUCUAAACAACACUCUGAUACUGUAAAUUAAUCUAUAAAUAUAUAUAUAUACACUACGUGUGAGUGUGGGUGCGCGGGUGUGUUUAUACGAUGUUUGGUACACUGUUAUUUGUCAUUGAAUUGGCUUGGUUAGACUUUUUCCAUGCACUUUCAAUACCUGUGAUAAGAUGGAUACUGUAUAUUAAUGUAAUAACAAUAUAACUGGAUCAUGCUGUUUUAGAUACUGGACAAAAUGACUCUACCUCUAGUUGUAAAGGUAAAAAAAGACAAUGGAAACAUAUGGAUGUGGUCCUAACUUUAGGAGCAAGAAUCUUUUUCUUCGUUCUUCCAGGAAUUUGGGUACCACAAACCAAUUGGCAUACCCAGGUUCAGUUCCUGACUGGUGCUGACUGUGUAAUUUACUAUUUGAUUAAGUUUUAGUAGUUCAACCACACAUCGGGUUAAAAAAAAAAAAAGAACACACACACAAGAAAAAACAAGCUUUGGGAAAAGACACAAAGUAAACGGGAAGAAGAGGAAGAUACUGCAAAAUUGUUGCUAUUUGUGAAAAAUCACCAUCCACUUGUUUGCCACUGUCAGCACAAAGUGCUUUUGAUGUGAGGUCACUGUGGAGCCUGCAGGGGGAUGCCCUGAGCCAGCUGCUCCUCGGUGUGUGUGCAUGUGUGUUUGUUGUACCAGGGGGGUCCCUGUAGCAUUGAGGCGAAGAGCUCUUCCAAUCUGUUCCCCUAUUUUCAGGGGGUUAUAUCAUGGGCCAUUAAGAUGAGUUCUGGGAUCCUGCCCCUUCCCCUCGCCCUGAUUUUAAAGAUUUCACUGAAGGAACACAUUCCAGUUCUUACCAAAAAAAAAAAAAAAAAAAAUUGCAUGAAAUAUCUUCACUUCAGGGGAGGAGGAGGAGCAGCCCUUGACAUCACGUGCUAAGUUGCUUUUCCAGCCCAUAUAGCUGCACUCCUUCGAGAAUGACCUUUUUUUGGGCAGGCUGUGGAGAGGAUCCACUGGUUGCUGACACAGCCAUGGAGAGCAGUCUGGUGUGGAGUGGCUUUUACCUGUAGGGCAGGAAAAAGAAGGAGCUUGGUCUUGCAGGAGUUACCAGUCCAGGCUGAGCACACACGUGCAUAUCUAAAGCUCUAAAUAGGGAACACAUCCUCGCUUAGAUGAGCAGUUGUGCAGGUGCUUAACUUUUUAAGUGUGUGCUGAGACUGCUCAGAGAAGUCAGCGCGACGGAACAUAAGCUUUAAAGUUGAGUUUAUGCUUAAAAUGCUGCCUUAAAUAGGGAUGACUUCAACAUGUGCCUGUGUUCUCCAGAGCUGGAUCUGCGUACUGUAGGGCUAGGACCUUUUUAAUUAAUUAUGUAGCUUAUGGAAUUGUUUGGGUAGUUGAAUGCUAAAAAACAAAUUUUAUUCCAUGCACUUUUUUUAAAGUAAAAGUUUCACACUUUUUGGAUUCACACCAACUGGCACAGAAAAAUAGGCCCGGGUGUCUGGCUUUCCCCAGUGCAUAGAGACGUUUCCUCUCUUGAAUACACUCCCCAGAAGAACGUUACAGUAGCAAUGACUGUGCUUUUCUGUGUAUUUCUUGCUGUUGGCAGUGUCUUGCCCUUAGUAUUCUCUCGAUGUAUCUUGGUGUGUAUAUGUGAUGCAUUUUUCCUGAAUUUGAAUACGUAAAACUGUAUUCAGUUAUGGAUGUAAAUAUAUAUAUAUUUUUCUGCAGUCUCUGUGCUCUUGCCUUCAGUGAUGUGUUACUGGAGUGAUGGGAAGCAGGGGAUGUGCUGGAAUCAGGCUUUCUUGAAGGCAAGAAGAUAAAAACAGUUUGUUUCUAUGUAUCUGCAUUAGGCAGGUGUAAAGUAACUGGAAGGAGAGAAGGGACCAGAGGAAGGACUGUGGGACACAACACCCCACACAGAGGUGUCUGCAGGAGAAAUGGUACAGUGUGGUUUGAACAGGGAUGUCUCGGCUGGGUUCCUGAGGCUCUAGGGUAAUCUGGAGGAAGGGAUCCACCUGGGAAUGGUGUAAAAUAUCUUGUGCUACAUUGCAGCAGCUUCUGUUUGUGGAGAAGCAGGUGGAACACCGUGGAACCCCACACAGCCACCUUUCUGCUGCUGCUUCUCCGUGUGCCACCCAGAAGGUAGGAGAGGAACAGUUAAGCCACUUGGUGCUACCUGCCUGCAGGACUCCUCACCUGCACUUCACUGAUGCCAUUUCCCUCUGCCUGGUGCUGUCUGUGGGCUGUGCCAGGGACUUUACUCUCUGUACAGGCCACAGAGGACUCUUCCACAUGGUCAGGUGGCUGUUGCUCACCUGCUGUGACCAGCAGCCCUGGUACUGGAGCUGCCUGUGUUUGGGAAGUUACACUGCUGUCCUGCUCUCGUGCAGUGGAUUUAAAUGUGAGUGAAGCUGUUGUAGCUUAGACUGGUGACUGAACAUUUUUCCCUGAUUAUUUUUUAAGUAAACUAGACUUGGCUUCAAAAUUUUAAUAAUCUAAAACCCGUUCCCACUAGGGUGGAACAUCAGCAAAUGUUGAGGACUGUUUCACUGAAAGCAGAGCCUGGCUUAAUUCACUGAGACCACAGAGCCCAUGGACACAAACAGAAGACAUGACUGUAGUGGUAGCCAAGUUCUUGUGAAGGUAAUUAUAUGUAAGAGGUGAAUAGUCACUACUAGUGACAAAUAGUCACUGAAUCUGGCUGAAAUCCUGAAAGGGAUAUUCCCAGCAGUGGAUUUUCUAAAAUCUCGCAGGGCUUCUUCCUCAGCUCUGUACCCAAGUUUGUCAGUAUUUAGAAGCUCUUCCUUGCCCCACUGUUUGCAUUUGAAGAGUUGUCUUACCACCAUGUUUGUGGUGUUUGUAGCUUUGUUUUAUUGUGUAAAGGAGUUACCCUUCUGCUCCUGUGGGGCCCUUGGUGUGGUACUGCUGUCUGGUACUGUUGAAAUACAUAUCCAGAUACCUGUAUGUUUGACAGAUAAUGUGAGUUGGAGGUGGGAGAGGCAUUUCACUGGCAGAUUUUCCUCUAAGGUAUCCUCCUGUAAAAAUAAUAAUUAGCAAUUGCAUUCGUAGACUGAGUAACUACAGGUAUUAGACCAACCUGUCUUGCAGUUCAAGCCCUGGAAAGCAGUUCAAUCCCAGAAAAGAAGUCAUCACAUUUUAUGGCAAGCAGGUAACUUGGUAAUAAGGGAUCACUUGCUGGGUCACUGGGGCAGGGAGGAAUCUGAUGCUGGCAGUGCAGAGAGUGCCUACUUUGAUCAGGUGUCAGACACUUUGGCAGAACAGGCAGCAGACGUGGCAAGAGGGAGGCACCGGUUUGGGUGUCUGUUCUCUGAUAAGUUUGACUUCUUUGCUGGGCUGCCUUUGUGCUCUGAGGACAGCUGGGGGAGUACAGCCUGCUCUGCCAGUGUUACUGUUGGUGGAACAAGGGCCUCACUUCCCUGGGUAAAUAGCUUCAAACAUAGAACUGUAGCAUCACCCUGUUCUGGCAAUACACAAAUGCAGCAAACAUUCCUGUGUCAGCCCCCAGCUUCUCACCUAACCCCUGGGGAAUGCAAACACAAUCCUGGGUUCUGAAUCCUGAUCUGUUCCUUAGCUCAUUCAACCUUAGAUUCUCAAAAGCUAAGUGAUACUCUGCUCCCACCAGUUGCAAACCACUGCAGGUAUUUCUGUACCAGUGGCUUUUGGCUGGAAGCUGCCCUUGGUCAGGGCAGUCCCAUACACAGAAAAAUUACCUCUUUCAAAACUUGCACUUGAGAGUACCUGAAAUUAGUCUCUCGAGACUUUUCUGGUAUUGGUUGCUUCCCUCCAGACUUCAGUCUUCAGCUGUUGCCUAGUUUUGAUUUCAGAGUGAUGCUGAUUCAAAACUGCUUCGACACCAAAAGAAGAUUUUUCAGCUUUUUUAAUGAGUUCUAAUAAAGACUCAAACUCUUCAAGAAUUUUUCUUAUUUUGAAGUGCAACAGUGACAAACUUAACCAUCCCAUCUAUUUUUAAGGAAUUUUUAAUACGCAAAUUUGUAGCAAGCCUC